AUGCCAGUGCAGAUACACGUUGCAACAAUAUCUCCAAUAUCUCUAAUCUUCAUGGAUCGUACGGAGACCCCUCACGAUGCCAUCUUGGAGGAGAUAUCAGUCCCUCCUCCAACUCCACCUCCCGCAUCCUCGGGUGCUGGAGCUUCGAAUGAGACCCGAAGCGCAUUGCUACUAGCACGAUCACAAAGACCCAGUAUACGAGUGCUACGGCGGCCCUCCGCACAGUUAGUGACGCGACUAUCUAAUUUGCAAGGGGACAAUAUCCCCAUUCAGCACAAUGUGGUGGACAUCAGAACUCGACGUCGAAGCAGCUCAGAGCCUCAGCAGAGGCAGAUAUUUGGUGAACCCUCGGCUAAUACCAUGCCAACUGCGGCAAUUUAUGCACCAAUGUCUCCCGUGGCGGAGGAACCAUCGAAGAAUGUGUCGCCACAAUUAGGUGCACGCCCCCAGCUAUCUCGGAACCGAACGAAACUGCGUAGGGCAAGCGUGUCUGCAUUGUCAUCUCUGGGGUUGAUUCGUGCUUCCACGGUCAACGGCCCUGAAGUAGAGGCAGCAUCAAAUAGGUUACCUAACGAAUACGACACUGGACUGGUGGAUCUUCUCGAUGUUGUUGACCCUGAAAUUUCAACACUCACUACCCUUACCAAUGUGCAGAAUUCGCUUUUCAUCCCUGAUCUUGGGAACUUUUUGAAUCGAAGACCACUAUAUUCCUUGACUCCUCGUCUUUAUGACGAAUCUUCCACCGAGCAGGAGCGUGAGAGCGACCAAGAGACUCUGGAUACAGAUGAUGCAAGUAUAUCACGACGUUUACGUUUACAAAGUUCCAGAUCAGCGGUGAUCGAUGAGUUGUGUUUCGCCGUCUUACCCGAUGGAGAGACACUCACGGGUUGGAGUGAGGCAGAAAAGCUAGAACUCAACGAUCAUGUCAGGCAUAUGCUUCAUUCUCGAAGAUCUAAGUUCAAGCGCUCUAUGAAAGGAUUUUGUCAAUAUGCCCGGAAACCCCUUGGUUUUUUGGUAACAUUGUACGCGACUUUGAUUACUCUUUUUGGGCUUGCAUGGGUUUUGUUCCUAAUAGGCUGGAUUAAUGUUGGUGGCCGCCAGCUCUACAUCAUCAACGUCAUCGACAACGUUCUCGUCGCCUUAUUUGCUGUAGUAGGAGACGGGCUCGCCCCAUUCCGUGCUAUAGACACUUACCACAUGAUCUUUGUAGCUCACUAUGCCCGCCUCACCUGGCGUCUGCGACGGGAAAAAGAACUCCCAAAACUCGAGAACAAAAAUGACCUUCCGGUAAGGACAGUUGACAACGUAAAUCAUGACAUCGACGUCGAAAUGGCUACACCAAACAAGGCCAACGACAACAUCCACAACGGCGAUAACAGAGAGAAAGACAAACCUGAAGAAUAUUCCGUUCUUACCCCAAAGCAACAGAAGCGUCUCGAACACCACCAGGAGAAACUCUCGAAAUCUCACACAUUUUACAAACCACAUGAGACAACAACACACACUGCGUUUCCCCUGCGCCUUCUCGUCGCCACAAUUGUGCUACUGGAUUUCCACUCUCUAUUCCAGAUUGCGCUGGGCGCAUGCACGUGGGGCAUAUAUUACAAAGUGCGUCCUUUUGCUCUCACGACUGUGAUACUCUGCUGCUCCAUCUCCUGUAAUGUUGCUGCUGGCAUUGUGAUAUGGAUUGGGGGCCGCAGGACACGAAAAAUAGAGGUCAUUGAGAAGAUGUUCCGGCAAGAGCUAACGCAAGAAGCGAUAAAGAAGGUUGAUAAGAAGAGGAAAAAUGACAAGGAAAGAAAGAGCAUGGAUGAGAGAUGGAAUACAUCAAAGGACGGUAGUGAGAAGAGGAUAGAAAGACCCAGUUUUGAGAGGAGGAACUCCACUUAG